GUGAAGGAGCGACACACGGACGACGGUCCUCGGGGUAAACUAGAAGCCAAUGCUCACGUCCACCACUCACGGGGAGAGAGGAGCUUGUUGCAGAUGCAGCCUGAGCUGUGAACUGCUGUGAAUAUUGUCCCAUGCAGUGGACCGAGCCUAAAAGGCUGAAGGUUGGAUCUUAUCGAUGACCUGCCAGUCAUUUGAAGCCCCUGAGCGCAUUGAGAGCGACAGACGAGCCGACACCAACACCAGGACCGUGGAAUCAGAUGAGAGCGGCAUCGCGUUGGCUAUGAAGGAACUGAAAAACACAGGUUGGUACUGGGGCAGUCUGACCGCUAAUGAAGCCAAAGAAAUCCUCCAGGAUGCCACUGAAGGCACAUUCCUGGUCCGGGACAGCUCACAGAGGGAUUAUUUAUUCACCAUCUCUGCUGUAACAUCAGCAGGUCCCACUAACUUGCGCAUUGAGUAUAAACAUGGAAAGUUCAAAUUAGACUCUGUUGUUCUGGUCAAGCCUAAACUCAAACAGUUUGACAGUGUUGUUCAUCUGGUAGAACACUAUUUCAAGCUGUCUAGGAAUAGUGAUAAGACUACUGCAGACUCUCAACCGUCAGCACCUCCAAAUGGAACCGUGCAGCUGCUCCUCACCAAACCUGUGUACACCGCCACACCAUCACUGCAGCACCUCAGCCGCAUUGCCAUUAAUAGGACAACACGGCACAUCCAAACUCUGCCAAUACCCAACAGACUCAAGGAGUAUCUUCUGGACUACACCUAUAAUGUGUAGCUGCUAACAACCCUCAGCCCGAGUCUGAGGAAGGAUGGAUCCAAUUAUAUAACCAAGGUGUAAUGGGUAACAGGUGCUGUGUCAUUUCUCCACUAGACACAAAUUUUGGAUCUGUUGUCACAUUGUAAGUAUUUAUUCAUUAAAAUAUGGUUUUGUGCAGAUCGAACACUGUAUGUUUAAAGUGCUGGUCAUACUUUUACUGUGCAGAAAAAAAGACUUGAAAAUGCUGCAACCGGAUAUUAUCUACAUCUGCAUUUUAAAGCCUUCACAAAGCCUUACUCAAUUAUACAGCAUAACAACACAUAGUAGUCAAAUAAUGGUUAUCUGGACUAUACACAUAUAGAAUAACAGGCUACUGAGAGAGUACUCAGACUCAGACAGAGCAGUAAAUGCAUAAAAUAAUUUUUAACGAAAACCCUAUUUUCUCUUCAAGUAUUUUCAAGAUGUUGCCAGUCACCAUCAAUUAAGCUUUAUACAAAAUAAUGACGUUGCAUUGAUGCAAACAAUUUUCUUCCUAUUUAAAAAUAAAAGAUAAAACGUGUAGAGCAUUACAGAAAAUUAUAUUUAAAUGUUUUUGGGUGAGUAGUGGUAUCGGCAGAAACAAUGUUUUCUGGUGCCUAGUUGUAUUCAUUGACGUUUAUAAGAUUUGAAGGUGCACUAUAUAGCCUUUCAGGAGGGUUUCCUCCUUCUUGUUUUCACAGAGAUUUUUUUCGCAUUUCCUGGGACGUUCCAUAUUAUGGUAUUCAGUUUUUGUUUUUAUUGCUCAAAAAUGCCUUGAGAAACUUUCUGUGAAUGAGCUCGCCUCUCCACAGAACAAACACAUCACUUGGCCUUGUGGCGCCCUCUUGUCUCCAGGAAAAUAGGAGUGGAUCCCUGCACCCUCCAGAAAAGUUACAUAGUGCACUUUUAACUGUUGAAGUUGUGACUGUGAAAAUUUUCACAGAAUAAGGUUCGGUAGUGAGCAAAAGCAAAACAUGCAUGUUUGUUGAUUUGACCAUGCGUCAUCAGCCUGUUAGACUUUGUCCAGCUUUUUGUAGUCACUCCUUUAAACAUAAUAAGACAACAACAUAACAACAGAAACUGCAAUAUCAUAUGUGACAUUAUCUGCUUUGUUAAAGUAAAUUUGUAUGGGUACACCAGAUUUACAUUUUUUUUGUUCAUUGCAGCUUUUUCAUAAUUGACAAUUUUUUUCUGAAAAUACCUAUUUAUUGAUUGUGUUGCAAUUGUUCCUUUUUUAUUUAAUAAAAUUUGUACCAACUCUUUCAGUUU